AUGUCUGUCGUUUCUCUGCUUGGUGUACGGGUGGUGAACAAUCCUGCACCGUUCACCGCUCCGUACGAGUUUGAGAUCACAUUCGAGUGCCUCGAGCAGCUACAGAAGGAUCUGGAGUGGAAACUCACCUAUGUUGGAUCUGCGACCUCAUCCGAGUACGACCAAGAACUGGAUUCGUUAUUAGUUGGGCCAAUUCCAGUCGGCGUCAACAAAUUCAUAUUCGAGGCUGACCCUCCAGACUUGAAGAGAAUUCCCACCUCUGAGAUCCUGGGAGUCACUGUCAUCCUCCUCACGUGUAGCUACGAUGGGAGAGAGUUCGUCCGUGUUGGAUACUACGUGAAUAAUGAAUAUGACUCGGAAGAGCUGAACGCGGAGCCACCUACGAAACCAAUUAUCGAGAGAGUUGUCCGUAAUGUCCUGGCGAAGAAGCCCCGAGUAACGCGAUUCGCGAUCAAAUGGGACUCAGAGGAUUCCGCACCUGCGGAAUAUCCACCAGACCAGCCCGAUGUGGAUGCAUUGGAUGACGAUGGUGCGGCAUAUGGCGCUGAAGAGGUUGAGCUUCAGGCAGCCCUCGAAAAGGAGCUCGAGGAGCUCGACAAAGAGGAAGUGAACCCCGACGGCAUGGAAAUUGAAGAAGGUCCCGCUAAUGCCGAGGAGGGCAAUGCCGACGAUGACGAAGACGAUGCUGGCAGUGAAGACCUGGAAGCGGAGAGUAGUGAGAGCGAGGAAGAUAACGACGAGGAAGAGGGCGACGAAGACGUGGAGAUGGGUGAUGGAGACCCGGCAGACAACAAUCCUUCUGAUCCCAAGGCCACCGCCCAGCCUCAGCAGCAGUCUGAAGUUAUGGUCCAUUGA